GGGCACAGCGGCUCCGAGCGCCCCGGGACCGGCCGCCCCUGCCCCGGGCUCGGGCUGCAGCUCCUCCUGCUCCUCCCCGGCACGAUGCGCGCAGGACAUUAGCGGCUCCGGAGCACUUUGAGUUGCUCCCACCCCGCUCCGUGGGAUUAAUCUAUCCUUUUGGAGGUUAUUUUCGGCAAGCAGCCUCGCAGGCGGGCAGAGCGGCCGGAGGAAGAGCCCGCGGCAGGGGAGGGAUGCGGGAGCAGGGCAGCGGAGCCGGGCGGGACUGAGCCACCCGCAGAGGAGAGGAGGAGAGGGAAGGAGAAGAGAGGAGAGGAGAGGAGAGCUGCCCUGCUCCCUGCUCCCGUGCCGGGCUGCCUGCAUGGCUCCCGGGCACUGUGGAGAUUGUGGGGGCUGCUGCUGCUGAGCAACCAUCCAUCGCUUUAAACUCAGCCUCAACUUAGCGCAGCAGGCAAGAAUGGCAAAGCCACUGGAGCUUUGGAGCUGCCAGGAGAGCCGGGGAACCUGGGUUUUGGUCGCUGCUGUCUAAUAAAUGGGAGUAAAAUGGAAUUUCUUACCUGGGUUUUUCCUGCCUUGAUUCUACUGUGCACCCAACAGCACAGGUGUAUCAGAGCUAUGAGUGACAUUGGAGAUUACAUAGGUUCCAACAUUGAAAUCUCCUGGUUGCCCAACCUGGAUGAUUUGAUGAAAGGGUAUGCACGAAAUUUCAGGCCUGGGAUUGGAGGUCCUCCUGUUAAUGUUGCUCUGGCAAUUGAAGUAGCCAGCAUUGACCACAUCUCAGAAGUGAACAUGGAAUACACCAUGACAGUAUUUUUGCACCAGAGCUGGCGAGACGAUCGUCUGUCUUACAACCACACCAACGAAACUCUGGGCUUGGACAGCAGGUUUGUGGACAAGCUCUGGUUGCCAGAUACUUUCAUAGUCAAUGCCAAGUCUGCCUGGUUCCAUGAUGUGACUGUGGAAAACAAACUUAUCAGGCUCCAGCCAGAUGGAGUCAUUUUAUACAGCAUCAGGAUUACCUCAACAGUGGCCUGUGACAUGGACCUUUCCAAAUACCCAAUGGAUGAGCAGGAAUGCAUGUUGGAUUUGGAGAGCUAUGGCUACUCUUCAGAGGACAUUGUCUACCACUGGUCAGAAAACCAGGAGGAGAUCCAUGGGCUGGAUAAGCUGCAGCUUGCUCAAUUCACAAUUACCAAUUACCAGUUCACAACAGAAAUUAUGAACUUCAAAUCUGCAGGUCAGUUUCCCAGGCUCAGUCUCCACUUCCACCUUCGGCGAAAUCGAGGAGUUUACAUCAUCCAGUCUUAUGUCCCUUCCAUCCUACUGGUGGCCAUGUCGUGGGUGUCCUUCUGGAUCAGCCAGUCAGCUGUGCCUGCCAGGGUGUCACUAGGCAUCACCACUGUUCUUACAAUGACCACUCUGAUGGUCAGUGCCCGAUCCUCGCUCCCACGAGCCUCUGCCAUCAAGGCACUGGAUGUUUACUUCUGGAUCUGCUACGUGUUUGUCUUUGCUGCGCUGGUGGAAUAUGCCUUUGCACAUUUCAAUGCUGACUACAUGAAAAAGCAGAAGAACAAGAUAAAGGCGAGAAGGCAGAGUGCAGAGAUCAACGUGAAGAAUGCCAUUGUUCUGUUUUCCCUCUCCAUAGCUGGUGUGAGCCAGGAACUGGCCAUUUCCAACAGGCAGCACCGAAUUCCCAGAAGCCUGCCUGGAUCAUAUGGCACAAUAGAAAUAGAAACUGGAGAGACAAAACAGCAGCAGGGAAUGAAACUGGACAAAAAGACUGGCCUGAAGUCCCUCUUUAAGCCCAUUGAUGCUGACACCAUUGACAUUUAUGCCAGAGCCGUGUUCCCAGCAGCCUUUGCAGCAGUCAAUGUUAUAUACUGGGUUGCAUACACAAUGUAAAGGCAACAAAAAAAGGAAAAUUCUUCCCUAGACCUACAAACUGAACAAUACCCACAGGCUAAAAAGCCCUCACUGAAACUGAAUUGAAGCACCUCUUCUCGAAGUAUUUUCCAAUGAGCUCAAACACUUCCAAAGUCAAGGUCCUGCUAUGAAUUCCUACUUAAAGCAGCAAUUUAUUGCUGACCUGAUUUGAUACGUAAGACUGCACUCUGCCAAACAAUUCCAGCUCUUCCUUUCCUGUAAUACCAUGAGACAACUUUUCAUAUGUACAUAUUUGUAGCAAAAGUUUAAAUCUUAAAUGACCAUGGUUUUCCUCCACUUCAAGGUUGAUCAGUAAUGAAGAUUUGGCUUUUCACACUCAGAUAAUUUCCUUUUUAUUUGUAAUGAAAGAGCUCAUUCCUCACUUCUGCACGAGUGGUUUUCUGCAUCUGUGGGCUGGUCUAGGUUUAACAGUAGUGCUAAAGUUGGAGUUUUUAAUCAGAAAAAUCUCAUGAACAAAGAAAAAGGGAAUAGAGGGGAGUGGAGGUUUUUUCUUAAAAUAUUAUUUGUCUUGGAUAAAGUAUUGAAAAAUUUCAAUGCUCUUAGUCACAGCAUGAAAUAAAAUAUACUACAUAAAAUUCUA